AUGUCUGGCAAAAAAAAAAAAUGGGUUUUGGUGAUUGCGGGAGACUUAACGGACAGUGAAAUCCUUUCCAGAACCUAUACUUCCUCACCAGUAACCGACCAAACAACUCUAUUCAAGAUGCAUCUUAUGUACACUCUGGACGCCGAGGGAAAGCGGGUUUAUACCCUCAAGAAAGUUACCCCUGAGGGAAAGGUCACCAAGAGCGCUCAUCCUGCUCGCUUCUCGCCCGAUGACAAGUACUCUCGCCACCGUGUGACCUUGAAGAGGAGAUUUGGUCUCCUCCUGACCCAGCAGAAGGAUUUGCAAACCUCUGAGCUGUAG